GUCAUAUGUAUGUAUAAAUAUUUAUAGGAAUGUAUAUUUUUCUGGAUUUUUAAACUGCAGGCCUCCAUGUUGCCAAGAGGCCUUCUCAAUGGCCUGACUAAUUCCAGUCAGGAAGGGGCAUGGCCUUCCUUUGCAGGAAGAGUUCAAUAGGAGAGGGAAGGCCCUCUGCCUCAGUGGCUCCGCCCCUUUUUUCCUCCUGCUGUUCCUGGAGGAACAGAAAUAACUGGACAUCUGCUAGCUGGCCAAGGCGGUUGGUCAUCCUUCUCCAUCCAGCCUUGGGUCAUCUUUUGGGGAUUAUUGAAGUACUUCGAAGUGAUUUUGGGGUUCAGGUUGCGCCAUGAGCAUACCAUCCAAAGUUUUCUGGUCCGGCCUGGCUUUCUUCCUGGUGCUGGUCUGCUUUGGGGCCUGUCUGCUGGUCUACAUCAAACCUACUCAGCUUUGGUUUUACCUCAAACUAAGCCAGGAUAAUUCUACAUCAAAGCAAAAUGUGUCCUUCAAUCAGGAUGAAUUUCAAAAUAACGAAAGCAACGUCACUCUCGUUCUGCUCUGGCUGAGUCCUUUUGGGUGCAGAUCGAGCCCGUUAAAUUGUCUGGACCUAAACAUCUCUGACUGCCACAUCACCAUGAAUCGGAGCAUGUACAAUCAGUCCCACGCGGUCGUCUUUCACCACCGAGACAUUUGGUGGAAUCUCAGAAACCUCCCUCAGCAACCCAGGCCUUUGUUUCAGAAGUGGAUCUGGAUGAACAUGGAGUCACCCAGCCACUCACCCCCCAAGCUUGGAUUGAACCGCAUGUUCAACCUAACCCUCAAUUACCGCCGGGAUGCAGAUAUCCACAUACCUUACGGCAUGCUCACCUUUAGCCCAAACGCCUCUCGGGCAGAAGUGCCCCCGAAAGACAAACUCGUAUGUUGGGUAGUCAGCAACCGGUAUCCCCAGGAGAGAAUUCGAUAUUACAAGGAAUUAAAGAAAUAUAUUAAAAUUCAUACUUAUGGGAAAUUGUUUGGGCGCCGUCUGAGCUGGGAAAAAUACUGGCCCAUCAUGUCUUCUUGCAAGUUUUAUCUGGCUUUUGAAAAUUCUAUCUUUAAAGAUUAUAUUACUGAGAAGAUUUACACCACGUUUUUGGCUGGAACUGUACCUGUGGUGCUGGGUCCUCCCAGAGAAAAUUAUGAAGAUUUCGUCCUACCUGAGUCUUUCAUCCACGUGGACGAUUUUGAGUCACCUAAGAAUCUCUCAGAGUACCUUCUGAUGCUCGACCAAAAUGAUACGCUGUACCUAAGUUACUUUGAGUGGAAGAAAGAUUUUUUGGUCUACCGUCCUAAUUUCUGGAAAUCACACUUAUGUUCGGCUUGUGACUAUGUCAAGAAACAUCCGGAAUACAAGUCUGUUGGAAAUCUACAAAAAUGGUUUUGGAAUAAUAGUUGUGAUGAUUUUUUUCCUGCACGCUACAAAAAGAAAAAUCUGUCAGGAUUACCAACCCGAAAUAGAGCAGGUAUAUAAAGAAAUACAAAUUCUGAGUAUGGAGUCUUUUUUUUUCUUCUGAAUAUGGAAAAUUAUUUUUCUUAAGGCUUGGACAUGUUAAUCCAGAUAGUACAUGGAUAACCUUAUCUUAGUAUGUUAUCUUGUGUUAAAAAAAUGUUAUUAGAUAAUUUCUGCGUUUUUUUCUUUGAAGAGAUGAUCCCCAGCUCUCGACUUUGGCUUUCAAACCUAUUUUGUUGUAAUUUUAAACAGGAAUUAAAAGCUGCUAAGAUGGC